GAAAGGCGCACGCCGACCGAGCACCUCUCGCGCCCUCCGAGCCUCGUGAGCCCGGCGGCGGAGGGGAAGGAAGGGGCUGGCGUCCGGAGGCGGCGGCGGCCUGAUCCUCGCCAUUCCCAAGCAAAGCAAAACAAAAAAAACGGAGAGGUGUUUCCAAUAUUUUGACUCUGACUACACGAGCCAAAUAUUGUGGACAGCUGUCAGCAUGACGCAGCAGAAGCACAAUAACGAGAAUAUCGUUGCACCCAUUCUGCCGCCGCCAGCACACCUGUGGAAGGCAGCGAGGGGCGGAUGUGGCUCUGCACGUAAAAGCUCCAACGUGGUCCGGUGACCUGGGAGUCGGACGUGCGCGUCAGGUAUUUUGAGUGCGAGCUAAUCGCCCGGCUGCUCCCAGCUGUCGGGCGGACGUGAGGGGGAGGGGCGCUGACGCAGGUCUUUCCUACACUUUCACCUGUGCCAAUGUCGGCGCACCGGAUCCGACGCGAUGUCAGUUGUCCUCACAAGCACGCCAGUCCAUCUGUAGAGGGAAUUUUCAAUCAUAUAUAAUUGACAUAAUUAUAAUUCUUUUCAGGUUUGGCCCAUUAUAAAUGAUCAGGAUUUUUCACUUAUUUGAAUUCUGUCUCUAGUUGAUUGGGUUUAAUCCACUUUAUUUUUGAGUGUGGCGAAAUUUUGUCAUGUUAAAUCUGAUGUUUUCCGUUUUAUUUUAUAUAAAUACAAUUGUUCAUUAUUUUUUAAUAUAAUUUUCUUUAGGUUCACAAAAUGAUCAGAAUUUGUAGGGUUUUACUUAAUAGUACAAUUGUUUUAUGGUAUGUUGAUAUUAUUUUGUGUAAUAAUGCCUUUGUAGUACUUUUGUAAUUACAACUGGAUUAUUAUUUUAGGUUUGGCACAUUAUAAAUGUACAUAAUUUUUUUUCACAUUAAUUUAUAUUGUGUAUUCUUGCAUACAUUUUAUUUGAUAUAGUUUUUUUUAGGUUUAGCAUGUUAUAUUUUAAGGGCUCAGAAUUUAGGGGAUUUCACAUUUGGUAUUUCUUAUUGCAUGAUAUGUUAAUAUUUCUUUAGGAAAAACUUAAAUGUUUUUUUCCUCCUUUUUUAGGCCGAAUCAGGAUUUUGAUGAGGGGCUUUAGAACUACAUAAAAUGUCCACGGCAAAUCUUAGUUUUUAUGUUAGCGCGUGUUAUUUUUUAGACAUUCGAAUUUUUCAAUAUAUUUUGAAGAAUUGGAUUAAUAUAUUUGUUUCUAUAUUUGUGUCUAUUUUUUUAGGUUAUGUCCUUGAAACAAUCAGGAUUUUACUUGAGGGGUGGGUUAAAAAAUAUUUUUUAUUUUACAAUAUUUGUAUUUUAUUAAAAAAAUAUUCUAAGUUGUUUUAUUUUAAAUGAUGUUUAUCAUAUGUUCUGUUCAUUUUAGCUAUUUUAUUUCUUUUGGCAAGAAUUUUGGAUUUUUUAUUUUUAUUUUUUUCCCCCCCCCCCAGGGCGGGGGUGGGGGAACUGUUUAUAAUCAUCAUUUAGCCACAUAAGAGCGCUCCGUUUGAAACCGUACACUAAUGCCCCACUGCAAACGCACAAUAAGGCCAAGAUGAGAAAGACUGUCAAAAGGUCAAUGCGAAACGCGCUUGUCAAAUUGUGCCACUUUAGCGUCGUCGUCGUCGUUGUUGUAAAGUCUCCUACGGCGCACGUGUCAGGAGGCAAUCAUCCCCUUUUGAACCUCCUGCAAUCAGCCGCUUCACGUCACUUCUGCUUUUAACGCGCACCACCGUCACCCAUUUCAUGCCGCACGUGUUCGCCGCCUCUCGUCUUGUUAUAAGACGUUGAUAACAUGCGAUUACAUGAGUUUCCCGCUUGUUUAGUCCACGUUUAGGAUGCACUUGGCGAGGCCUCGGUCUUCUUAAAGUGCUCGAGUCAGAAAAGUGGAGUCAUUAGGACUUUUCAGCAUUAUAAAAGGCUUAAAUAAGCAUGUACAAUGGCGCCUUGAGAUAUGAGUUUUUCGGGAUAGAUUGAUAAACAGGGGAGCAAAACAUGUCGACAGACAAUAUAACAAUACACUGGACCAAUCGGGGGGGGGGGGGGUCCGCUGAACUCGCAGGCAUAUAUUCUUUAUCUUCUGCGAAGAACUACCUAUAUUUUUGUGGCGACUUAGCUUGGUUGUGCUGUCUCCAUGCAUUGUAUUUCCAUACGUUUCUAUUAAUACUGCCCCCAGGUGGCCAAGGCGUACACGCCCGAAGGAGAAGCACAAUGUCCGCUGUAUUGAAGCCAAAAACGUGUAAUUCUUGACAUGCUAUUUAAUUGCUGUAUGUUUUUAUAAAGUACAAUAUUAUAUAGUGCUAUUUUUAUUAACAAAAAAACAUUCUCCCAAAUUUUAAUAACUUAAUAAUCCAUUUACAUUUCUUAAGAUAAUAAUAAUAAAAAUUACAUAUCUUUUUCUGCGAGGUGUGCCGGAAAAUUUCCAGGAACUCUCGGCCAGCGACUGUCGGACGCUCAGAGUGCUGUGAUCGGACGCGAGUUGCCGCUGCCGCAACUCUCUCGCCUCGUCUUCUCACACACUGAACAAGUAAGCCACUCGCCGCUUCAUUUGAGCCACUACUUGGUUGUGAGGAUGAAAACCACGCAAUACCCCUCCACCCCAUCCCUCCUCUUCCUCCGAGUCGAGGUUGGAACAGGUGGCCAAACAGCUGUUGCUUAGAAACCGAAAACUGUUUAGCUCGCUGUAUUAUAUGUUGUGUUCAAGCUCCUCCUUCAGCGAUUCUUUCUUUCCUUUUCAACCGAUAUUCAACUGAAUGCACUACAAAGACAAGGUUUUUGAUGUUCAAACUGAUGAACGUUAUUGCAGCCCCGAAAGGCUCAGUUACUCACAACCAAGGAUGGGGCCAUCUUCACUGCUUUGUCAACAACUGCAUGAGCAAAUAAUCCCAACAGUUUAACAACAAUGUUUCGCAACGUACAAUUGCGAGGAAUUGAGAGAUUUCAUCAUCUCCAGUCCUUCAUACGAUCAAAAGAUUCAGAGAAGCUAGAGAAAAGGCAGCACGUAAGGCCGAAAAGCAACAUGAAAUGCCUGUGACCUUCGACCCCUCAGGCGGCACUGCAUUCAAAACAGCCAUCAUUGUGUAAAGGAUAUUCCGUGCACGUGAACACUUCAGAAAACCCUCGUCAGUUAACAGUUGGUCGCUACGUCUACGAAUGCAAGUUAAAACUCCACCAUGCAAAGCGAAAGCCACAUACGGUGUCAACAAUGGACAGUAAACACAACCGGCCGGCUUCGCUGGACCCCGAGGUCAUCUGAGGACUGACGCAAAGUGGAAAUGUGUGCUGUGGUCUGACAAGUCCACAUUUCAAAUUGGUUUUGGAAAUCAUGGAUAUCAUGUCCUCCGGGUCAAAGAGGAAAAGGACUACCCGUGUUGUUAUCAGUGCAAAGUUCAAAAGCCAGCAUCUGUGAUGGUCUGGGGGUGGGGGGUGUUAGUUCCCAUGGCAUGGGUAAUUUGCAUAUCCGUGUGCACCAUUAAUGCUGAACAAUACAUACAGGUUUUGGAGCACCAAAUGCUGCCAUCCAAGCAACGUCUUUUUCAGGGACGUCCCUGCUUAUUUCAGCAAGACAACGCCAAGCCACAUUCUGCACGUGGUUUGCUAGUAAAAGAGUGCGAGUACUAGACUGGCCUGCCAGCAGUCCAGACCCGUUUCCGAUUGAAAAUGUGUGCUGGCACAAAAUACGACAACGGCGACCACGGACUCUUGAGCAAGAAUGGGAACGAAUUCCACCUGCAAAGCUUCACCAACGUGUGUCCUCAGUUCCUAAAGGUGACGUAACACAGUGCUAAACGUCUCCAAAAUUGGCAGCAUAUCACAAUGGAAAUAGGAGUCAACUGUUUAAGAAGUGAAUGGCUGUUCGAUAGCGCCUACCUGAGGGCAGGAGCUGGAAGAGGUCGUGACCAGGAUGUCCAAGAGAGUUUUUGCUUCGCUUUUUGCACUCCUCAAGCGUGAGUCGGCCAGGGUAGCGAUAAUCUUUUCAGCAGUCCCUGACUGGGAUUUUGUCCCAGACUGUGAUGGAUGAGCACAGAUCCGAUUGGAUGACCGCUGAGUAGCUCUGCCUCAGCAGCUCCCGUGGCAGCUGCAGGAAGUACGACAUCCUGUGCUGGGCCGCUUUCACGAUGCACUUGAUGUUGGCCUCCGACUUCACGCCCUGAGAGAUCGUCCUUCCCAGGAACUCGAAGGGGAGGCUGGAAAGGAUGAAUGACUUUUCCAUUCAUUUCAAUGCGGGGAGAUGAUUUAGUGUCCGGCGUGCGUAUCCCUGGGUGACAAAUCAUCAAAUCCUCUCAGAGCGUGGAACAAACCCCGCCCCCCAGCCGCCGCCUCCGCCUCCUCCUCCUCCUCCUCAUCAUCAUCUUCCUCCUCCUCCUCCUGCCGUGACGUCACGGCCGUUUAAAGCCGUUCCUUCAGCGCGUCCGCUGGCCGCUCGUCGCUCACCUGCUGCCCUCCGCCAAUGCGUCUUCACACCACGUCUGCCUCGGCUGUGCGUUCCACACGUGGCCAGCGCGGCCAACGUCCUCCGGGGGCUGCGUGCAAGCGGGCGUCGGCGCUCGGCGACCAAGGAGAGCGAAGUGAAGCUCGGCCAUGAACGAGUCGGCGAACGAGUCUGCGUGGGGCGAGGCGCCGGCGUGGGCGGAGGCGGAGCGCAACGGCUCGCUGUGGCCCGGCGCCCCCCCGCCCUCGGCCAUCAACCCGUGGGACGUCAUGCUGUGCGUGUCGGGCACGGCCAUCGCCUGCGAGAACGCCAUCGUGGUGGCCAUCAUCUUCUACACGCCGGCGCUCAGGACUCCCAUGUUCGUGCUGGUCGGCAGCCUGGCCACGGCCGACCUGCUGGCCGGCGCGGGGCUGGUCCUCAACUUCGUCUUUCAGUACGCGCUCUCCUCGCAGACGGCCAGCCUGGUGACGGUGGGCUUCCUGGUGGCGUCCUUCACAGCGUCCGUCAUCAGCCUGCUGGCCAUCACGGUGGACCGCUACUUCUCGCUGUACAACGCGCUGACGUACUUCUCGGAGAAGACGCUGCGCUGGGUGCACGCCAUGCUGCUGGCCACCUGGGGCGUGUCCCUGCUGCUGGGCCUGCUGCCCGUGCUGGGCUGGAACUGCCUGGAGCGGCCGGCGUCGUGCAGCAUCGUGUGGCCGCUGACGCGCGCCAACCUGACUCUGCUGGCCGCCGCCUUCUUGGUCAUCUUCGCGCUCAUGCUGACGCUCUACUUCAAGAUCUGCAAGAUCGUGUGCCGCCACGCCCACCAGAUCGCCCUGCAGCAGCACUUCUUCGCCACCUCGCACUACGUGGCCACCAAGAAGGGCGUGUCCACCCUGGCCAUCGUCCUGGGGACCUUCGGCGCCAGCUGGCUGCCCUUUGCCAUCUACUGCCUGGUGGGGCAGCGGGAGUACCCGCCGGUGUACACGUACGCCACGCUGCUGCCCGCCACCUACAACUCCAUGAUCAACCCCAUCAUCUACGCCUACAGGAACGCCGAGAUCCAGCGCUCCAUCUACAUGCUCCUGUGCGGCUGCUUUCGGGCCGACGCCGCCUACCGCUCCAGGUCGCCCAGCGAAGUGUGAACCGCUCCUUCUCCUGCGGCGGCGGCGGCGGCGGCGGUGGCGACGGGGCGCAGAACAAAACACGGCCACUUUACGCCGAGGCCUUCCCUUCGUACGGAGAUUUUUACAUUUUGGAACGACUGCGAGGGGAAAAAAAGUCGUCGCGCUUACGAGACGAAAGCCGCAAUGUGUGCUUGUUUGCGAAACAAAGUUUUCAAAUCAUCAUUUUAGAAAGAAUGACUGCGUGAGGAUUUUGAAUUAGUUUAGUAAAAAAAAAAAAGUUGACUUUAUUCUUGUAAUUUUGUCUUUUUUCACACAAAAAAACACGGCUUCUUCAUAAUAUUACAACUUUGUUCUCAUAAUAUUGCAACUUUAUUCUUAUUGUAUCUUUUUGAAAGCCAGACUUGUAUUUAUUUAUUUAUUUGUUUGUUGAAUUUAUUUAUUUCAGAGCCGAUGGUCCUUUUUUUUUUUUUUUUUUUUUU